AUGGCGUCGGCGGUGGCUGCCGGAGGUGGUGGCAGCUCGUCGUCGGUUCUGCGGGCGAGCUUUGAGGAGCUAGAGAAGGAGCAGGCGCUGAUCUCCGGCUGCACUCUCCUCUGGAAGGAGCUCACCGAUCACUUCUCCUCCCUGGAGAGGGACCUCCGGAUCCAGUCGGAGGCUCUUCAGUGCCACCUCCAGGCUCUCGAUCGCGUCACAGAGCAGUCCCUCGACGCCCUCCGCCGCCGCGAGGGCUCCAUCGACGCUGCCGUCGACCUAGCCGUCGCCAGAUCAGAGCAGCGCCGCGACGCCGCCAUCGCCACCGUGCGUGGAAGUGCCGCCGAUCCUCCGGCCGCGGCCGCCGGCGAGGAGCUCGCGGUGGCGCUGCGCGCGCUCUGCACGACGAUGAACUUCAAUGGAUUCUACAAGCUUCUUUCUUCCAAGCGGAAGGAGGUGGAGAUGAUCCGGCAUGAUCUCCCCUCCAUCCUGUCUGACUGCGUCGAUCCGGCGAGAUUCGUCCUGGAUGCGAUCUCCGCCGUGUUCCCCGCCGGGAACGGGAAGAUCGCCGGCGAUCUGGGAUGGCUGUCUGUGAUGAUCUUGGAGGCGUUGGUCCCGGCGGUGGCGGAUCCCGAUCUGGGGCCGGCGAGACCUCUGAUCACGCCGAGCAUGAAGGCGCGAGCCAUGGAGAUCGCCGCCGCCUGGAAGAACGGUGGCGGCGUGGAGAGCGCCAAGCCUUCGGAUGUCCACACCUUCCUGCAGCUUGUGGCGACGUUUGGGAUCGCAGGCGAGGAGAGGGAGUUCUACCGGAAGCUCGUGGUGUCAUCGUCUUGGAGGAAGCAGAUGCCGAAGCUCGCCCUCUCGCUCGGUCUCUGCGGCGUGAUGCCUGGUACCCCCUCCCCGUCUCCUAUUCUGACAUGAUUUUUUCUUCCUUUCCCAAUUCUCGUUGCUCAGAUUUUGAACUGCUUCGUUCCUUUUACUUCCCUCUCUCUGUUCUUCCAUCGUUAGAAAUCUCUCCGACACGAGGGAUUUCCUAAGAUUUCUUCCUCCCCAAUUCUCACAGCUCAGAUCAUGAACUCCCCCAUUUCCUUUUCGUUUCUCUUUGUUUUCGAUUGCUAGAAAUCUCUGUGAUAUGAGGGAUUAAAUUUGGGAUUUCCAGAGGUUAUGCUGCCAGAAUUAUCCGAUGCAACUCAGAUUAUCAUGAUAAGGCGGAGAUUUCCGAUUUCCUGUACUGGAGACAAUAUGAGAAAUCCUGGAGAAUCAACGCUCCAGUUCCUGGGGGGGAAAUUCGUAGUAUUUUUAUACGAUGAUUUAAAAGGAGAUUUAUUUAUUUAUUUUCCAUUUGCAGAGAUUGUCGAGGAACUGAUUAGCAAGGGCCAGCAGCUCGACGCAGUCAACUUCGCCUUUGAAGCCGGUCUGGAGUCCAAGUUCCCCCCCGCCCCUCUGCUCAAGGCUUUUCUCCUGGAAUCCAGGAAGCCGGUACGUUGACCUCUUUCCUCUCUCUCUCUCUCUCUCUCUCUCUCCCCGUUAUCCUCUGGGCAACGCCUUCAGCUGAAGAGUAAGUUGACCUCUCGUCCCACUCUUUUUCUCUCUUCAUUGUGCUCUGGUCAACAUCUCCUAGAUUCCAGGAAGCCGAUACGUUAACCUCUUUCCUCUCUCUCUCUCUCUUCGUUAUCCUCUUGUCAACGUCUUCAACUGAAGAGUGAGUUGACCUCUCGUCCCACUCUCUCUCCAUUUGUCCUCUGGUCAACGUCUCCUGGAUUCCAGGAAGCCGGUGCGUUGACCUCUUUCCUCUCUCUCUCUCUCUCUCUCUCUCUCUCUCUCUUUUUCUCUCUCUUCUCUGUGUGCUCUUACUCGAUGGGGAUGCUCUUGAGGUGCUCCAAUACCGGAAUUUUACUGAGGUUGGUGGGUGGCAGCGGGCGGCGCUGCGGGCGGUGAUCAAGUGCGUGGAGGACCGGAAGCUGGCGGCGGAGCUACCCCCGGAGGCCCUGCACCGCCGCCUGGAGCAGCUCGAGAGGGCGAAGGCCGAUAAGAGCGCCACCGCCAACAAGCGGACCCGCGGCGGUAUCGCUGCCGGCCCGAUGCCUCCGGCGAAAUCCGGCCGCCGUGACUCCUUCCCCGCCGCCGCUGCUCCGCCUUUCCUCAGGUCGCCCUCCGCCCACAGCCCGUACCACUCUCCGCCCCCUCUGUACCUCCCCGAGAGGCCGCCGGUCCCCGCCGCCCUGUACGGCGCCGCCGCCGGCCGGAACUCGCAGGCCUUCUCCGGCCACCCCCUGAGCUACCCUACCAUCUACGGUUGCUACGCCGCCGCUCCAUACCAGCAGGCUUACUACCGAUAG